AUGUCGCUUCCGACUCAUCUCCAGGCACCCCCAGGGGCAGGGGACUCGUCCAUGUUCGCUGCAACUUCGCAUUCGCAAAACUUAAUGCCUCCUCUGCUCGCUUCCUCUUCUGACUCCGGCAGACAGGCGGUGCAGCAGGCAGCAUCACCAUUACGUGUUGAGGCUGCAACCGGCGCUGCCUCUCUGUCUGUCCCAGUCUAUGUAUCCCCAGGACGCGACGCAGGCACCACUCCGGGACUGGAAUUGACAUAUAGCUCUCAUGCGGCAAAUGGUCCAUUUGGACUCGGCUGGUCCCUGACCCUGCCAUGUAUCUCUCGCAAGACAAGCAAGGCUGUCCCCCGAUAUGACGACGAGGACGUCUUUGUCAUGGCUGGGGCGGAGGAUCUGGUAUGUCUCGAGGGGUCCCCAUCAACCAAUUCGGCCGGCUAUCUGGUGCGUCAAUACAAACCCAGGGUGCAGUUUGGCGCUUCCCAGGCUCGGAUCGAACGCUGGACGAACCGCAGCGAUCCAACAGAUGAAUUCUGGCGGACCGUCUCUGCGGCGGGGCUCAUUACGGAAUAUGGGAAGACUGCGGAGGAGCGCAUCUGUGAUUGCGAAAACACAGAGAGAAUAUUUACCUGGUAUAUCAGUGCUUCGUAUGAUUUGAAAGGCAAUUGCUGCGCCUAUCAAUACAAGGCCGAGGAUUCUACGAAUGUCGAUCUCUCCUGCGUCCAUGAACAGAACCGUUCUGCCCUUGGUCGUACAGCAGGGAGGUAUCUCAAGCGUGUUCUGUAUGGGAACCGACAGCCGAAUCGCGACCUGGACACCUGGACUGUACAGCCGGUGCCUGUGGAUGCGACUGAUUACCUGUUCACCCUGGUCUUCGACUACGGCGAUCACGAUCAGGCGUUGCCCCAGCCAUCCGAGCAGAUUUCCUGGCCUGCCAGAGCAGAUCCAUUCUCCUCCUCCGUUGCGGGCUUUGAGGUGCGCACGUACAGGCUCUGCCGUCGCAUGUUGCUCUUUCACAACUUUUCCCAGGACGGUGUCGAGGAUUCUCUUGUCGCGUCAACUGUCUUGACCUACGAAGAGGCUGCAACAGGGUCAGCUCUGGUCGCUAUCACACGGCACGGACAUCGUCGGGUCCCCGAGGGAGCCGGGUAUCAAUACACGGACGAGACUCGUCCUGCCCUGCAGAUGGAAUACAGCCAGCCAGAACUGCAGCCGGGAGCUUCUGGGGAGGCUUUACAACCGGUGGCCGUCGAUACGUCGCAGUUUCCCGAUCUUCCGCACGCCCAUCCUAAUCGGCGCACACAGUGGCUGGACCUGAACGGUGAAGGGUCUCCUGGUCUCCUUGCCCAGCUUUCUACCGGUGAGUGGGUGUACAUGCGAAACGAGAGCUCGCGCGAUGGCAAUUCGACGGCUUCGUUCCACCCCCCUCAACGCCUUCUUACUGUUCCCAGCUCCCUGCUCAACCCAGCAGGCUUCUUCGCCUCCCUAGCUGAUGACGGGUCUCUGCAGGCCGUCGACGUUGACGGACACCAUCGAUUACAGGGGUACUCGGAGCGCAAUCCCUCUGAUGACGCUGGAUGGAGCCCCUGGGUUCUCCUGCCAAGCGUACCUACAGAUCUAGACGACAGCGGACUGCACACAUACUCCAUUGAUCUAGCCGGCAGCGGACGCCAGGACCGAGCCCAAUUCAUGCAAGAUAGCUCCGGACGCCUGCAGUGGUAUCCAUCCCUGGGCACGAGUGGCUUCGCAGCUGGGCGAAUCCAGACCGGCCCAUUACUCCCCAGAGAUGAGGGUGGAACCGCAGCCGUCUUACUCGCCGAUAUGACGGGCGACGGGCUCACCGAUGUCGUGCAUGUGCGUACCGGGGACAUCGUCUACUGGCCGAACCUGGGCCAUGGCCGGUUCGGCGCCAUGGUCCGGAUGGAUCACGCCCCCAUCCUGAGCUCGUAUCCCGAGUUCAAUGCAUCCCAAGUCCGACUCAUGGAUGUGAACGGGUCUGGGGGCGCGGAUCUCGUCCACUUUAUUCCUGGGGGUGGCGCUGCGAUCUACUUCAACCAGAGCGGAAACAGCUGGAGCAAGGCCAUCUCUCUCCCCGUCGUUCCGGACCUUAGCCUGCUGGCGAGUAUUGAAGUGGUUGACAUCCUCGGGCGGGGGCUCCCUUGUCUCUGUUGGACCCUGGCCCAUGCCCCAGGGGAAGGGUCUCCGCGUCUCUACUAUCUCGAUCUACUGGGAGGGACCAAGCCGUGGCUGUUGACCAGAUACACCAACGGAGUCGGUGCGGAGGUUACCUUGAAAUAUCUCCCGUCCACCCACUUCUACCUUCAGGACGAAGGCACUAGCCAGGCGUGGAACACGAAACUGCCUUUCCCUGUGGUCUGCGUGGCGGCCCAUACGAUUGAAGACCAGGUGGCUGAGACGAAGCAAACCACACGCUACGCCUACCAUGACGGCUUCUACGACCGUGCUGAGCGGGAGUUCCGAGGCUUUGGCCUUGUCGAUGUCUGGGAUCAAGAGGAUCUCGCCGCGGGUCCUGGUCUGAAAAGACUGCAUGUACCCACUCGCCAUUCACGUACCUGGUUCCAUACCGGGGCGCCAAUGUUGGCGUUGGGAACUGCCUUCGGCCAUGGCAAUGCACGAGUGCCUGAGCUUGCCCCGUUCCAUCUGCCUCAGGACGCUGUCUCUCCGGACGAGGUUCGUGAGUCUCGACGGGCCAUGAAGGGGAAGAUCCUGCGUUGUGAAGUUUACGCGAAUGAACAAUCAAAAAACGACCAGAUCCCCCUCCUCGUCACUCAGCACAGCUACACUGUUCUCAUGGAGCAGGCAAUAAAUGACAUAGCUAGCCACACUAGGCCCGACACGGUGGUCUACGAGCAGCCUCAUGGGCGGUUCCGAGUCGUAGACCGGGAGUCCCUCAAGAUCACGUACGCGGGCGCUUCUGAUUUGCAAGACGCUCGGAUGGAGCACGAUAUGGAUCUUGCAAUCAAUGAAUAUGGACAGUCCACGACCCAUGUUUUGAUCCAGUAUGGAAGACUGAAUCCUCCGCCCGAUCUGGACGACCAAACCAGGGCUGCCCAGCAGGAGACGAUCAUCCAGUAUACCGAGUCCGCUCUGACGAAUCCUCUGGAUGAGGACGACGUCUUUGCCCUCCCCAUGGUGGCAGAAGAAAAGGCGUAUCGACUCCGCGGUGUCUCGCCGCCGGACCCUCCUUUGUUACUUUUUGCCUUUGAGUCCCUGGCUGCUGAUGACUGUGCAUUGCUCAGGCACGCUACUGAGGUUCCAUACGAACAGGAUCCCGGUCCUGCUGUGUCUCCUGGUUCCUACAGGGUCCUAAUCUCAAACACCCGCUCCUACUACCGUGCAUCCGACAUGACGGGACGUCUGGCAUUGGGCAAGAUCGAGGCCUACUCGACUCUCGACCAGACAUAUCAGCUUGCCGUCACGCCUGGGCUCAAACUCCAAGUCUUCGGAGACAGCCAGGAUCCAACCUCCCUGCAUGCCGGGUGGUCAGCGCAGGACGGUGCCUAUGCAGACCUCGACAACGACGGCAGCUGGUGGAUUCCGAGUCAAAGGAGCCGGUUUUGUUCCCCGGAUGAUGCCAUGAAUACCGGCGCCGAGCUUAGAGAAGCACGAUCACAUUUCUACCUGCCCACGUUCGCCAUUGAUCCGUACGGGAAUGUCAGCUCCGAGGAACUCGACCGCUACUGUCUCUUGAGGAUCCGGUCAGUCGACAGCGUCGGCAACGCCGAAUCGUAUCAACCCGACUAUGUCAGUUUACAACCCAUCAUCUUGACAGAUUCCAAUCAAAACCGUACCUUGCUCGUAUUUGAUAGCUUUGGCACCCCGAUAGGUGCAGCGAUUCAGGGCAAAGUCGGCGAAGGGCUCGGCGAUACACUAGAUGAUUUCACUAGCCACCUGAGUAGAGAGGAUAUUCUAUCGUUCAUGAAUGAUCCAGUCGCAUCCGCGCCGACGCUGCUUGGGUCAGCGACCUGGAGACGUGUGUAUAACCGGGAAUGGGGACCAGAGACACCCAUCUUUCAAGGUGAACUCCGCCGAGACCGACAUGCUUCUUCAUCAACCCAGAUAUCAAUUUCCAUCUCCUUCUCCGAUGGUCGCGGUCACAAUAUUCAGUCUGCUGUCCUGCACUCAGGUCAUGGUGCAGCACGAUGGAGAAGAGAAGGAUGGAGCAUCCACAGCACCAUUGCGAAUAAGCCCGUCCUGGUCUUCCUCCCGACUCUCGACAGCGUCCCUCGCUACUGCAGGCGCAGUGUAGUCCCUCCGGAGAGUCUCCCGCCAAGUUCAAUUACUAUCUUCGAAGGACUAAACCGGGCUGCUGCCACACUGCACCCAGGCAACACCUGGCAGGUGACAACCUUCGGCCCCUGGACAGUGAAGCAGAGAGACGCCGGAGACAAUGUCCUGAUAGAGGAUAUGGCACUUGAUCCCGAUAUCGGCCGUCUGGUAUCAGCAACCAUGGGCCGCGAGAGGUACCAGCCAACCUGGUACGCAACCCACAGCGCUGCCACGGCGUCGGCAGAAGACCAGGCCGCUGCAGAGAAGUCCAAGGUCUAUAGUGAUACUCCGGAUCUACACCAUGUGGAUGCUGCCGGCCGUACCAUCUCCUGGGUCACCAGCGAGGGUUCACCGGUGCGUCAGACUUCGCGCCUCCAUCUAGACGUUGCCGGAAAUGCCACUGCGGCAUUCGACACGCUAGCGCGCGAGGUUACAAGGAGCCAGAGGGAUCUCUGUGGCCGCGACCUUUACGCAGCUGGCAUGGACAAUGGACCGGCCUGGUCCUGCCCAGACGCCGUGGGUCGUCGAUGGUUGGCCUGGACAGUGGACCCCGAUAAUGGUGAACCGGCGACGCGCACGCGGAUGCAGUACGAUCAGCUUGGACGACUGACCCACGUCUGGCUGCGGGAAGGAAUCGCCCUCGGGACACCGGAGUGCCUCAUCAUUCAGCACGACUACGGAGAGACCCAGCCCGACGCUGCAGCGAAGAACCUGCGCACCCAGCACUACUGUACCUGGGAUCAGGCCGGCCUGUUGGCCAACACGGCCUACGAUUUCAAAGGUAACUGCGUGCGUCGAGAGACGACCUUUGCCGAGGACUACAAAGGGACGCUCGACUGGUCGGCCGCAGGACGUGACCGGCCGGCUUUGGAAACGGUUAAUGUCGAACAGGCCGAGUACGAUGCGUGCAACAAGCUUCUACGUAUUAUCGGUGUGGGUGGGAGCAUCACUGAGAAUACAUACAACGUGGCCGGCUCGCUGCAGUCAGUUUGUCUUGCUCGGGGAAGUAGUCCGGACAUCAAGGAGACCUUCCUCAGUAGCAUCGCCUACAAUGCCAUGGGCCAGAGAGAGCUUGUCAAGUACGGCAACGGUGUGCAAACCCAACAUAAAUACGAUCCGUUGACGAAUCGAGAAGUGCACAAGAAAACAUGGAAGACUGGUGGUGCGGUCCUCCGCGAUCUGCAAUACACCCACGACUGUAUGGGACGACAGGUGUACCGUGAGGACGCUGCCCAGCAAGACGUCUUUUUCCGCAACAGUGUCGUGCGACCGGUCAACGAUUAUAUCUAUGAUGCGCGCGGCCAGCUGGUGAGAUCGACUGGACGGGAGCAGAUCGACGGCCAGGGGUCUUCUCUCACCCCAUCUGGCCCCGCAUACGACGGACAGCAGACUGUGCCCAGCAACGGCAGUCAGAUGUGCGAGUAUACAGAGACAGUGGCGUACGAUGCGGCCGGGAACAUCAGCUCGCUCACGCAUGAGUCAGGGGACAGCAGGGUGUCUGGCUGGAAACGAUCGUAUUUCUACGCGGAAACCAGUAACUUGACAGACCCGACGUCGGGGAUCAAGAAUAACCGGCUCAGCCGAACCACGGUCCGAGGGGCGGAGGAGAACUACUAUUACGAUGCCCGGGGCUGUAUGACUUCCAUGCCGGGGACAAUGAAGGCCAGCUGGGACCACUUUGAGCAACUCCGGGUCAGCACGUCCCAGCGAAUACGUCAGGGGGUGCCCGAGACCACUUAUUAUGUCUACAAUGCCCUCGGCGUCCGGGUGCGCAAGGUCACGGAGCGAGCCGCGGCAGAGAAGAAAGAUGCGAGCAAGCUACGGGAAACAUACACGCUCAGUGGUUUUGGAGGCUACGAGAUCUACCGCGAGUACUCGGGGGCGUCAGGGGGAAGCCAGGGCGCCCUCAAGUCUCAGAAGAAAACCGUGCAGGUCCAUGAUGGGGGGUCGACACCUUUAGCGCUUGUUGAAGAGGCCACCACCGGCUUGGGAGGGUUACCAUCUGCCAGCUCCCGAUUCCUGAUGCUCCUGUUGAUCCGCUAUCAACUGGAUGACGGCCUUGAGGUCGACGAUCUGGGACAGGUCAUCUCCAUGGAGGAAUACUCGCCGUUCGGACCGACCACCUUCCGUGCCACUCGGAGCGAUGUUGACAGUCCUGCCAAAUACCGGUUUGCUGGAUAUCCACGAGACACCCAGGAGACGGGCUUGUACCACUGCGAGGCCCGCUACUACGCUGCAUGGAUCGGCCGAUGGACGUCAUCGGAUCCUCUGGGGGUGUUGGACGGCCUCAAUGUGUACUGCUAUGUUGGAAAUGACCCAGUGAACCGGUGGGAUCCUAAGGGAACAAUAGAAGAGCCCCAAGGACUCGGUACGAGUCGUCAACUGGCCCAUAUUUUGGGAGAAACCCAGUUCCGACCUACAACCUCGCUCGGAAUCGCACGGCACAUCUAUGGAGAGGGCAGAGGCAGGCUGCACUUGUGGGGCUCCGUCGUGGAAUUCGAGGAACCAUUGAGUGACAGGCAGUUACGGCAGGUAGCCCACAUGGCAUACUUCGAAAUGAGCACUGACUAUGACACCAAUCUCUACCGGAGAGGGCGGGGCGCAAACGCCGUCUGGAGGACAAAACCCGCUAUCUGUGCAUUCGCAUGGCAGAAUAUGGAGCAGGUGGACAAAGCACGAACGAAGGCCACAGAUGAUAGACCGCGUACCUUCAAGCCCACAGUCAUGACCGCCUUUGCAGUCAAGGACACCAACAUGGUCAUUUUCGCCUCGUCCAUGAAAAGUCAAGAGGACGGCGGCGACCCCAAACGAUGGACAUAUAGUCAGCGCUAUCUGCAUUCACUCCUGCACUAUCACCCGGUCGAGAGAGAGGACCAGCAUCAAUUCGGCGCCUGUGGCGAGAUCAUGGCCAUCAACCAGUGGUACCGCCAGAAUCCGCCGACCAACACGGGAAUUCCAGCCGGCCACAUGAUGGCGUACGAAGCCGGUCGGUAUGGUGGCGGGAGGGUAAAGCCACCCUGUGGUCCUGCACAGCCUGGAGAGAAUGAGUCCUGGGGGUGUAAGUACAUGCUGCAGCGAUUGGGAAUUCCGACUAUCGACGCCCCUCCAAAUGCGGAUCAAUUGCCCAAGAGCCGAAUAUUGCGGUGGUGGCGGUGA